AUGCACCUGCCUUCACUCCUUCCCACCCUUCUAGCUCUCCCACAUCUCAUAAAAGCUGGCACCGUCCCUCGCCAUCCCAAUGCUGUUCAACACCAGGACGAGAUGGGCAAUUUUGAAAACCUCGCCACAUCUGAAGUACCUCCCAAAGCCCUCUGGCUAGGAGACGGCCCGCCUCCCGUCGACGAGGAAGCCUACCAACGCCUCGUCUGCAAAGGCGGGCAAUUUCUCGCCGUCAUGUUCCUCACCUCCGCCCAAGCCGGCCCCUACCUGACGCCUCCUCAGGUCUCCUCUGCCAGCACUUGGGUUUCCUUCCCCAAGCAGCUUACCGACUGGGGUUAUAGCGAAUCCCAGAAGACAAACAUACUCCUUGGUCCAGGACAGUACGGCAUCGAGCCCCUCCUCGCCACCAUUGGCGCUUCGUUUGACUCCAGAGAUUGGUUCUUCUCCAUCAUCCAGCACGGCGACCCAUACACCACACAACAACUCGACAUACAAACCUACGUCAGUCCCAACGGCCGCGUCCUCCGCAAGACAGGCGCGCACUUCCACCUCGGCUCGCACGCCGCCUCAGGAACCCUCAUGGUAUCCAAGCAAUUCAGCGCACGGCACGAAGCCACCUACCGCUCCCCGCACAUCCCCGACGCGGACCUGCCCGCACUGAUCCGCUCCUCCGACAUCGUCUACGCCUUCUGGUACCUGCACACGUACUCCAACCUGCGUGGCCUGCGCAACAUCAUCAUCUGGUCCGUCACGAAUCCCACCACCCAGCAGAUCAUCCGCAGGGCGAUCCAGGACGCGCCCCCGGACGUACCCGGCGGCGACCCGACCAAGAAUAAGUUGAAGCCCUGGCCGGGGUACUACUUCGAUGCGUAUACCAGGGCGUGCAAGGCAUUGCUCGGGAGCCCGAAUGGCUCGGGUGUCGCGUGGAUGCUGAUACAGAGGAAGGAGGAGCUGGGGAGGAAGACGGUGACGGGGUGUUCGGUGUUUGUGAGCGAGGCCACCUUGAUGUUUGAGCCUAGCAUCGUGUUUUACAUCGGGAAUGCGGUAGCCGUGACGGCGAGGAGUAAUUCUACGAAUAGUGAAUGA